AUGGCUCGUUUCGGUCUCCUGUCUCUGGCUCUAUUCUCUGUCCAGGCCUUGAUUGGUGGUGGUCUCGCCGCAGACCCUGCUGAGAAGGUCGAAGAGAACGUUGAGUCGCCCAAGCUUGCUGUGUCCGCCCAGGCCUCCUUCCCUGCGUCGGAGUUCUUCGGCGUGAAGCUGGUCAACGGCCUGCCCACCCAAGCGCUGAUCACCUUCACCAACGAUGAGCCGGCCCCUGUCACCGUCAACUUUGCUGGUGGUACCCUGUCGACCUUGGACGAGGAAGAGAGCCAGGUGGUGCGCAACUUGACUGCCACCGCGUACGGCGUCGAGAUCCCGGCCGGCGAGAAGGAGAGCGUCAGCUACAGCUUCUCCACCGAGAUGCACCCCCAGGAUCUGAGACUCUCUCUGGCUUCCGUUCUGUCCGAUAGCGAGGGAAGAUACUUCACUGUCUACGCCCACAACGGUACCGUCAGUGUCGUGGAGCCGGAGACUAGCAUCUUCGAUCCUCAGAUCAUCUUCCUGUACUUCUUCCUCCUGACCUGCUUCGUCGGCGUCGUCUACUUCUUCUACACCGUCUGGGUUGCGCCCUACUUCCCUCAGAAGCGCAAGUCUGGCAAGGGUCCUGAGAAGGCCUCUGUGUCCAAGAAGGCCGAGGUUGCCGUCGAAGCCCCCAGCAGCCCCGCCGUCUCCUCUGCGACCACCUACAACGCGGAGUGGAUCCCUGCUCACCACAUCAACCGUCCCGAGGCUCGGAAGGUCAAGGGUAGCUCCCGGUCUAAGAGCCGUGCCUAG